GCGGCAUUCAUGUGUGGCGCUCGCGGCUGCCUCAGCCGUCGUCACCACGAUAAUCUCCCCCCGAGGGUCAGUCGAGGCUAAGCCGCGGCCGUGACAGCACGCCUACACCUUAUCAGCCAAACAAUCACGCCACGCGAUACGAAAACAUCGCCGUCAUCGCUCGUACGAGUAUCCGUGAUUCCACCCGGCGACAGUUCGCGAAUCGCCGACGUCAGUGUCGAUAGCAGUGCAAACAGAUAAACACGCCAGGACAGCCGCGGUUACAUCACCUGGUGUUUGUUCAGCUAGUUAAUGGUGUUGACGCUCGGUGUGCUAGUGCGGUGGUGACCGUAAGAUGCCUGUGAGCAGCAGUGACGUCAUGACGCCCCAAGAUAUGUGCCAGCUGAGCUACGCGGUGUCGGAGUUCGGGCUGUCGGCCCCGGGCUGGGACAAGACGCGAACCUACCACUACAUGCACCCUGCCCCGGGCACCGCUAUCAACAACAACAACAACAUUGUUGAAGACAGCGACAUGCAGCUAGAGACGAGCAGCAGCGAGGCGAGCGCGGCCAGCUCCAGCGCGCUGUCGCAGCAGUGCGCUAUAUGCGGGGACCGCGCCACCGGCAAGCACUAUGGAGCUUCGUCGUGUGAUGGAUGCAAGGGGUUCUUCAGACGGAGCGUGCGGAAGAACCAUCUGUAUACUUGCAGAUUCAGCAGAAAUUGCGUGGUGGACAAAGACAAAAGAAAUCAAUGCAGAUACUGUAGACUAAGGAAAUGUUUCAAAGCUGGCAUGAAGAAAGAAGCGGUGCAAAACGAGCGGGACCGCAUCAACUGCCGACGACCGUCAUACGAGGAGCCUGCCCAGGGGAAUGGACUAUCGGUGGUGUCGCUGCUCAACGCUGAACUGCUGAGCAGGAAGGUCAUCGAUGAGAGCCACAGCCCGACAGACGCGGAGAUCAGCGGCCGUCAGUUAGCCAAGAUCAACGACGUGUGCGACUCCAUCAAGCAGCAGCUGCUCAUCCUCGUGGAGUGGGCCAAGUACAUCCCCGCCUUCACCGACCUGCACCUCGACGACCAGGUGGCGCUGCUGCGCGCGCACGCCGGCGAGCACCUGCUGCUGGGCUGCGCGCGCCGCUCGCUGCACCUCAGCGACGUGCUGCUGCUCGGCAACAACUGCAUCAUCACCAAGCACCACGUCGACGCGCGCAUGGACAUCGACAUCUCGAUGAUCGGCAUGCGCGUGAUGGACGAGAUCGUGCGGCCGCUGCGCGAGAUCGACAUCGACGACACCGAGUUCGCCUGCCUCAAGGCCAUCGUCUUCUUUGACCCCAACGCGAAAGGCCUAUCCCAGCCUCAAAAGAUCAAGCAGCUGCGCUACCAGAUCCAGAUCAACCUCGAAGACUACAUCAGUGACCGCCAGUACGAGUGUCGCGGCCGCUUCGGGGAACUCCUGCUAUGUCUGCCGCCGCUACAGAGUAUUACGUGGCAGAUGAUAGAACAGAUACAGUUCGCUAAGCUGUUUGGGGUCGCACAUGUUGAUAGUCUACUGCAGGAGAUGCUGCUUGGAGGCGCGUCCGCAGAGGCCACGACGGAAGCAUCCACCGAGAUACCGGCGGAGUCCGCGUCCCCUGCCUCGUCCGUCGCCUCCCCGCCGCUCGUCCCGCAGCUGCCAUUGGCCGACGCCUUCCUAGACCACGCCUCCUUCAAGCAGGAGCCCAAUAUGAGUCCUGAACAUUCAUCGCAAAUAUUGAAGACUGCUGAUAUUAUAUUGUUAUAACAUUUUUAUAAUCUAAAAGUUUAAUUAGAGAAAGAAACAAAAAUGGCAACUAUGUAAACGUUAUUUAAUUAAGUAAAUUUAAAUUUUACUACAAAGAAAUCCUAUUGUAUAAAUUGGUUAUGGAAAAUAUUUACAAAAAUACUGCAAUCAAUAUAUUUUUUACCUAGUGUAAUAUAAAAUAUAUUUUUUUGUUUCUAUUGUAGUAAGUUAUAAUUAUCUAUGUCUAUGAGUAGUGGGUGAACUCAAAAUCAAAGACACUGUACUAUCAGAAUUAAAAUUAAAUAUUUACCUGAAUAUUAGAAUGUUUAUAAUAUAUACUUAUAAGUAAAUCGAGUGCCUUCUUGUGACAAAAGUUUUAUAAAAUGUAUGUAUAUUCAAAAACAUACAUUUGAAUAAUAUAUGAAAAUAACAUAAUAUACCAAUUCUGGUAUAGUACCCUGUUUACCUAUGUUAUAUAGACUUUAAAAUAUAUUAUUAUUUUAUAUAAAUAGAAUAGCGUGAGGAUGUUUACGAACUUUUGAGUCGACCUAUUUUGGCUGUGUGUCGUUUAAAAUGUGUGAAGGUGAUGAAACAGGGUUGAAAUAGUAGGUGUAUUUACAUUUUUAAAACGGUAUGAAAGUUUUAAUUUUAACGUAUGUUCUAGUAUGAGUAUGACUUUUGUGUUUUUGUAAAAUUAUUAAACUGCUUUGGUAUUUGUGAAAUGGAAUCCUUAUUAUAAUGUGGAAUUAAAUAGAAUUAAUAAAAGUCUACAAAAUGGAAUCCUUAUGUCCCUGGAUAACUGAGAGGCUCUUCAAAGUUACCUAUUUAUUCAUAACAAAUGAUAUUUGUACCAAAAAACUAAAAAAAACUUAAAGCUUACAGAGUUUUUACGCUCGGUGUAAGAUUGAGUAGAUAUCAUAGUUUAACUUUGAAUUGCGUCUGAAAACGACAAUAAGCCAGGAACAUUUAUUACACAAAGGGUCGGUAUUAGGUACAAUUAGGGCGAGGCCCUGUUGUUACGUUGCGACAGCGCUGCAACGCAGCGCACCAAUGGGGCCUCAUCUUAAUUGAUUUUAAUUUAUGUUUUCGCACAUGUUUUAUGUUCCUGGCUUUGGAAUCCGUUAGAAGAUAUAUUUUAUAUAAAUUCUGUGUUGAAUGCAGAUAUUGUAUUUUGCGUUUUCUACGCACCUAUUGGUGAUGGUGGUUGAUUGUGAAUUUUUGUAUGGGCUGAGUCAAAUUUUUAUUAUAAAUAUUUUAAGAUUUUUUGCUCGGGGUUUAUUUGAAGGACUGCAUUACAGAUGAAGUCAUUUGUUUCGUUACAAUAUAAGGUCAUAAGUCUUAUAUGUAAGCUGAAAUGUCAGUGAGACCGUCAUGUCCGUCAUAUCUGUCGAAGAACCGACAACUGUUAGGGGAGAUGAGUACUCUGAUUGAUGGCUGAUCAUGAUAUACAUUUUCUGACUUGGGAUGUUGAAACAGCCAGUAACACAGUAUGGAGACUAUAUUAAAACCUAUGAUAGUUUUGUAAAAAUAUAUGCAUAUAUUUUGUUAGGUAUUGACAAAGUUCUUCCUAAAAUGACCGCACUAUUCUGUGAUCAUACAUUGAUGUAGACUGCAUGUAUUAUGAAUUUAUGAUAAUCUAAAGAUAUGUAUUUAGUUACGUAGUUACUUUAACAAAGUGUUGGAAUGCUCAAUAAUAGUUACCUUGUUAGUAAGUUUAUUCACUUGCUCAGUUUUUUUAAUUUACUAUUUCCACAUGCAAUUUUUAUCAAGUCUACUAAAAAACUGAGUAAGUAAUAUUUUUUAUUCUUAUCAUGGUAAAUUAGGUGCCUUAAUUCCUUUCAAGGUGUAUUGUUGAAAAUGUACAUACUAUGUUAUGAAUUUUAGUAGAAUAUAUUUUAAUAAAUAACUAUUGUUACAUA